CACGUCUAUAUCGGAAUUUACCUUUCGGGACAAGGCAAACGUAGUGGAUAUCUCCCACUCUUCGGUCGACCAGCCACCAAUCAAAUAAAAGAGAUCAUGUUGUCCGGUGCCGAAACGCGAGCAGGAGGAGCGGAGCGGCGUGGAGAAGAGAGCGCGAUGUAAGCGUCUGCUCCCAACACCGCUUCGUCCGAAACGGCUGCCCAGACUUGAGGCGAACGGCGGACUUGAAACGCUAUUGAUUUUAUUAUUAUUAUUAAAUAUAUUUUUUAAUUAAAGGCUCGUUUGACUGAGACACAAGUUUGUGUUACCCGCCUUAUGCGAGAGAUCCUCAUCCCGUCAGCGAGGCAUAUUUUUAUGGUUUGUUAGUUAAUUUUUUCUUGCGCGUGUUUCUUGGAAAGCGGAACUGGCGAGUUGAUGGUGUUUUGAUUGUCGGACUGACCGUUCGCGUUGGAGUCGCUCCGGAAAAUGGAGGCUGUUAUCGAGAGGGAGUGCGGCGCUCUCGGGGGACUCUUCCAGACUGUUAUCGGAGACAUGAAAAGCAGCUACCCUAUUUGGGAAGACUUUAUCACCAAGGCUGGAAAGCUACAGUCACAGCUUAGGGCGACGGUGGUUGCUGCGGCUGCCUUCCUAGAUGCCUUUCAGAAGGUGGCUGACCUGGCGACCAAUUCACGAGGUGGGACCAGAGAUAUUGGUUCAGCAUUGACCAGGAUGUGUAUGAGACAUCGCAGCAUAGAGGCCAAACUCAAAGAGUUCUCCAUGGCUUUUUUGGACUGUCUGAUAAACCCUCUACAGGAACAGAUGGAGGAGUGGAAGAGGGGAGUCAACACUUUGGACAAGGACCAUGCUAAAGAGUACAAAAGAGCAAAGCAGGAGAUCAAGAAGAAGUCCUCGGACACUCUGAAACUGCAGAAGAAAGCUAAGAAAGGUCGUGGCGAUAUUCAGCCUCAACUGGAUAGCGCUAUGCAGGAUGUCAGUGAUAAAUACCUUCUGCUGGAGGAGACCGAGAAGCAGGCCCUGAGGAAGGCUCUCAUAGAGGAGAGGCAGAGAUUCUGCUACUUCGUUGCAAUGUUACGGCCUGUGGUGGAUGAGGAGAUCUCCAUGUUAGGAGAGGUCACUCACCUCCAGGCCAUCUCUGAUGACCUCAAAGCGCUAACAUCCGACCCCCACAAACUUCCCCCUGCCAGUGAACAGGUGAUCAUGGACCUGAAGGGCUCAGACUACCACUGGUCGUAUCAGACUCCACCCUCUUCUCCCAGCACCACCAUAUCCAGAAAGUCCAGCAUGUGCAGUAGUCUGAACAGUGUUAACAGUAGUGACUCCAGGGGCUCCAGCAGCUCUCACUCUCACUCUCCUUCCUCCUCCUCUUCCUCCUCUUCCUCCCACCACCUUUUCCACCACCGCCACCGGUACCGCAGCUCCACGCUUCCCCAGCAGACCCCGGCCCGCCUGUCCAGCAUCUCCUCCCACGACUCGGGCUUCAUCUCUUCAUCGCAGGACCAGUAUGCACCGUCCAAGUCACCCUCCCCCAUGCCGGCCGACGUAAAGCCCUGUCCCAGUUCUAGCUCCUCUGAGGCAUCAGAGACUGGCCAACCCCACAGCGACUGCAGCUCCCCCUCCUCUCUAGCUCCUGCCACUGCAUCUCAGGGCACUACUGACAAGCUGUCCAACGGCUUUGACAUCUACAGCCAGGCUGAUUCUGCCUACCAGUAUAGCAACGGGGUUGGUGCGGGCUUGGGGUCCGGGACUGCCUUUCCGUUCUUCCCUCCCUCCUCGCCCUCCACCACCCCAUCCUCCUCUGGCCCCACUCGUUCAUGGUCUCGUCCCGCCUCAGCCCUGCUUCCAGACUUCCCCCACUACUGCACGCUUGGCCCUGCCAUGGUGCCUUCAUCACGAGUCCCCAGCUGGAAGGACUGGGCCAAACCAGGGCCUUAUGACCAGCCCAUGGUCAACACGCUGAGGAAGAGGAAAGACAAGGAGACACUACCUGUCGUGGAUAGUCACAGUGGUACCAGCAGCAGUGACAGUAGCCCUUCCUUGGCCAUAGCCUCCAUCCCCUCCUCAGCACCCACUCCAGCCACAGCACUGCCACCAACCACAGCACCCACAGAGGAGGAGAGGAACCAGAGUGUGGCUGCUCCUUACAAAGCUGGUGAAGUGGAAACCCAUGAGGAGCUGGCCUUGGCUUUGUCCAGAGGACUGCAGCUAGACACUCAGAGAUCAAGUAGAGACUCUAUCCAGUGCUCCAGUGGCUACAGCACUCAGACUAAUACGCCGUGCUGCUCCGAGGACACUAUACCUUCACAAGUAUCGGACUACGACUAUUUUUCAAUGGCCGGCGACCAGGAGGCUGAACAGCAGCAGUCUGAUUUUGACAAAUCCUCCACCAUCCCCAGGAACAGCGACAUCAGCCAGUCCUACCGACGCAUGUUCCAGGCCAAACGCCCAGCCUCCACUGCAGGCCUGCCCAGCACACAGGGCCCCUACCCUGGCCAAGGCGCUUACACUGGUGGGGCCUACCCCUCCACACCCAUCCACACUGGGGCUUAUCCAACAACCCCUACAGUCUCCUAUUCAGGCCAGGGAGUUUAUUCAGGAUCUAGUUCCUAUUCUGCAGGCCAGGGUCCAAUUAUUGUCACACCUGGGGUUGCCACAAUACGCCGGACCCCUUCCACCAAACCGUCUGCCCGCCGUUCAGGGUCUGUUGGAGGUACAGGCCCCAUCCCCAUCCGCACACCUGUCAUACCAGUAAAGAUCCCCACAGUUCCUGAUCUACCAGGGGGAAUCAAUGGAAACCGGAAUGGAGAGGAGAGCCCAGAUUCUCCAACACUGGCAGGGGGAGAGGAGGUUGGGGUGCUGCCAGUGGCAUCCUGGAGCGGUCAGGCAUCGACCAACCCCCCCAUUGUCCCCUUUCCUUUCCAGCUGACUCAGCAACCACCUCAGGGUGAGGGAGGGGAGGAGGGAGAAGAGGAGGUGGAAGAACAGUCUGAAGGUGACAUGCUGUUGGCCAUCCGCAGAGGGGUCAAACUGAAGAGAACCCUCACCAACGACCGCUCUGCACCUCGCAUCGCAUGAUGGCAUCAUCACGAGGCACCUAGCUAGGGUGACAUGCCACCUCAUCAGACGGUGUGGGAGUAAGGCUCUUCCUUAAUCAUAUUUGUAUGGGAGCUGGAAAAGUUGACAAACAUGCCCCUGUUGCAGAUGGAAAUGUGAUGUAUAGAAUCCGAAGGCUUCCUGUGUUUGUAUGUCCAGACACCUUGCUUCACACCAUGUCCUUUUCUCUGAGUACGCUGAAAUGAUUGACCCCCGCUGAGCAUGUUCCUGUACAACUAUCACUGAUAUGCCACAGGCAGGGGCGUACACCAUCCUUUAGGAGCUGGUAUCCCACAAAGUAUUUAAGCACUAACACUGUACUUGUCUUUUAAGUUUAGAGUACCUCAAACAUAAUUUGCUGCCAGCGUCUGGUACAUGGAGAGAUGAGUACUUUCCCAGGAUUAACUCACCAUGGCACCCUUUAUACCUGGUUUUAACAUGUGGCAAUUGGAUUGUAUCUAUAAUUUAGCUCGGUUAAUAUUUAAGAUUUAUGUAAAAGUGUGUCUAUAAACACAUGAAACUUGUUAUUUUUUAUCUCGUCAAAUUCAGAUUGCUUAUCAUAUUUCCUAAUUUCUAUCCCUUAAGAUCAACAGUAAACACCUUGCUUUUCUUAUUGCCCGUCCAUGGAUCUGCUGACUGACAAGCCAUUUUUUUUUUUUACAAGGAUGUUGUUAGUCAAGCCACCAGCUACUCAUUUGAUUUGUCUGCGGGUCAUGGCUGGAUUGGCGAAAGCCAAUUUCCAUUUCAGUGUAUUUGGUUCAUGCGUUGAUUUUUGACAUGGCCAAAUGCAUCUCUGACCAACUUGCGUGAACUGGGUAGAAUUUAUACUUUUUCACCCUUUUCGAGAACAAAACAUCAUCCCACCAAGCACGUUAAUGUUAACAUCAGAUGUAAAAUGGGUCCAGGUUGAAAGAUUUAAGAGCCCUGGACCUAAAUAAUAAGGUGAUCUGGGGAAGCCCAGCCCGCAGUUUUGUAUUAAAGGCAUUGAAACAAGAAAAUGCUUUUUUUUAUUAUUAUUAUUUUUGUUCAUGAAAAAUGUUUCAGAGGACAGUUCACCAGGUGGAUCUUAAGAGCACGUUAGUGGAAAGUACCCCACCACACCUACACAGACCCCUGACCCGAAACAAACAUGUAUAUGUUAUACAUGUGAACAUUUGUUGCCGAGGCAGUGCAAGGUGCCAUUUUUGGACCACUGGACAUUUGAACUGACAAGUGGCUUAACCAAAAAACAACGCAAAGCUUGCAAAGGGACUGGCUGCAACUGGAUUAUUUCAUUUCCCCCGUGUCACAUUUCCAGUUGACUACAAUCAACUGCUGCUUACUUUGAGACAUGCCAAAUAUUUCAGAAGGUGUGCAGUGGUGCUCAAAGGUGUCACCUCUUCAGAAAAUUAGCGCGUGUGUGCACAUGCCACGAACAUUUUCCGCUGAGUCCAGCGGAACAACAGAUGGCUCGCGUAAACGCGAAGGGAAGCAUCACAGUCACAGGACGGGAUCGUGCGUGACUGUGGGGAAAAUCUGUGAUGGGUCAGUUUCUUAUUGGACUCGUGCAACUACAGACAGCAUCAUAUAGCUGAUCUUGUCAAUCGGAGACAUCGAGUCAAAUCGGCUAAACUUUGAUUUUGUUGUUGUUGUUGUUUAUUAAGCAUUUGGAUGAUUUGUAAAUAUUUAUGCAUGUGUCUUCUGUUGCUUUAGAGUUUGUUGGUUCUCCUCUCUCACAGCGAUUACCAUUUUGUCCAGUACCAUACCUUCUUCCAAGGUAUCAAAAUCAUUUAGUUUAAACUGUCCAAUCCAAGACAUUUAUUGACAUUUAUUGUUCUUGUUUUUUUUGGUGAAACAAACUGUCCCAGGCAUGUAAUUGCUUUGGGCUGUGAAUUGAUUAUAUUUUUCUCCCCCGGUCUUCUCCUAUACUGUUUGUUUUUCACAUAACUCAUCAUAAUCACACUGUUAGCUUUACUGCAUUGUUGGAUCGUUUAUGCUUCGAUACUGCCAUCAUCAGCAUUUAUCGACCAUACACCACGAUCUGCAGCCCCCAUCGCUUAUAAAAAUGCUGUAAAUUGUCAAAGCACAGUAUAUAUAUAUACAGUAUGUGCCAUGAGAAAGCUAAACAUAAUCUUAAAUUUAGUAAUAUAAUUAAGCUACAUUGUAUGAGAAAUAUAAGGUCCACUUACUGAGGCUUAGACUUUGUUUAUGUUACAAAACUAUAAUGUUCUCACAUUACGCCAUACUAUUUUUAUUGUUCUUUCUGGUGGGCGUUAUGCAAGGGGAACACUUCUGCUGUCGUCUUCCGUAAAACGCAUGAAGCCUUAUCUCUGCUAGUUGCUUAUUCUCCGGUAGGUUUUUGUAACUUCUGUUUGGACACCCUCUAGUUGCAAUGUGGACUUUUUGAUCAGUUUCAGCGUCUAUUUUUUCUGCUUGAUUUGAGAGACGACAGUGUCCUUCUUUUGUGCUGGCCAUGUUUUAUGACCCUAGGCUGCAAGAAAACAAUUUAAAAUCCAUGGUAUAAUUUAAUGAGUGCAUAGCUGUCAAGUUUUUGUUAAUUUUUUUUCUUAGUUUAUGAAAAAAAUGACUUUUAGAGAUAUGAGGCGUUCCUCCAUCUGAAGUGUUUAAUUACUCUAAGCUAAAAGGCUACUGGUGUAUUCUGUUUGAAUUGACAUGGAUUUUGUUUUUCAGUUGAAGCACUGUGAGGUUAUGGCUUGUCUAAAUGAGAUGUAUGAAAAUGUAAAUAUUACUCAGCUCUUCAGAUUAAUCCGGGAAUUUACACGUUUUAAUUUAUUUUCCUUCUGUCUGUCUCUCUCACCCCAUCUCUCUUUCUACCUAUUUUUUUAUACUUCAGAGUAUAGAUUGUUUUCCCCUGUCCACAUAUAUAUUGUCUUAUAAUGUACAUUAGUCCAUUUCAAUGGCAACCAAGUCUUUUGUAUAACUUAACUGCUGUUUCAUUUUGAGUCCCUUGUUUCAGACAUUGUCAUCAACCCGACACACACUCACAAAUACACACACACACACGCAUGUCAGAGCCACUAAAACUGAAACGUCUAUAUGCCGUUGAAAAGCUAUAGCCAUAGCUCAAGAGUUUUUGUCUUAACUUUACAGCAUCGACAACAAAGGCGUUUUGCAUCAGUCACACACGUUUAAUUAACCCCACGAAAGGUUUUUCAGUGUUGCAGGGUUACAUCCAUUUUACUUUCAGUUCAGUCUACGAGGUGGAUUCUCUUCAAAUUUUGAAUAUUGAUAAACGUUUUCCGUCAGAAGUAACCAUAUCCAACAAAAUGAGAAAUAGAUUUGAUUGUGUGUUUUGUUAUGACCAAAUAAAUUUCUGGU